AUGCCCCCCGCCCCCGUUCACAGCGCCCUCGUGGCCCCCGUGGCUCUCUCGGAGUCGGUCGACCCGCGCCGAGUCACGCCCACCUCGCCUCGGCAGCACGGCACCGCGCAAGAGCAGGAGCGCGCCUACCCGCACCAGUCGAUCCAGCACACCCCGUCUAUGUCGUUCUACCGCGAGCCGUCCCCCUUGUUCAGCACCGCCGACGACCCUCCCCACCAACCGCCCGUCGUCACCGCACCCGUCCACCAGCACCUGUCGUGCGGUCCAGACGGCCUCAACCAGUACCUCGUCGAGGACCUCUUCACCGCGAGCCAGUCGUCGAGCAACAAGUCGGUCGUCCUCGACCCGCACGCCGUCCUCGAGCAGCCCCACCACCACCACCACGAGCAACCGCCGCCGCCGCCACCACCCGGUCCGCCGCUCAUCCCGCUCGCGUCACGCCCACGUACCUCGACCUGGCCCUCGACCACCUCGACGCCGCUCGCCUUUCCCGACCUCAACGCGCCCAACUCGGUCCCGUACCUCCCCCUCUCGUUCGACCGCGUCCAGGACCGCCACGCCGCGUUUGACGCCGCGCUCGGAUCGCCUCUGCUCGACGACGACGAGUGCCAGUACUCGCCCGAGGACGACACGUACGCCCCGAGCGCGUGGGACGGCAGCCCGGCCAUGACGGACGUCGACCCUGUCUGGGGACCGCGCGGCGAGGGAGAAGACGACGACGGGGCGGCGGCGGCGAGGGACGACGAGGCGUCGCGCGGGCUGAGGCUGUUUGGGCAGCUCAGCGUCGAGGCGAGCGAGAUGGAGGCCAUGGUGCGGGCGGAUCGGGAGCAGCAGGCGGCGGCGCAGGCGUCGCCCCCUACCUACUCGCCCGUCCUCGCGCCGAUGGACGUCGCCCACCACGCCGUAUCGCCCCCUCUCGGCUUCCUUCCGCCUCUCCCGCCCAUCGCCGAGGGCGCCUCGCACGCCGUCCUCGCCUUUGCCCCGCCAGCGCCUCCUCCCCCUCACCCUCCCUCGACCUCGUCCUCUCCUCCCCUCGCCGACGCCGAGCCCGUCGCGCGUUCGACCCGCUCCCGCCGCUCGACAUCUACCUCGACCGCCUCGUCGGCCUCGGCAGCACCUACCGUGCCCGCCCCGACCGUUGCCGCGCCUGCACCCGCGCCUGCGCCGCCCUCGUUCGCGCCGCCGGCGCCCUCGCCUGCCCGCGCACGCCCGCCUCGCUCGCGCACGUCCACCAUCAACGGCGCGAGCACCGUCACUGCGGGCGCUGCCGUUACGCCCGUCGCGAGCCCGCUGCACGCCGCCGCGAGUCCUGCGCCGGCGCCGAGCGUGCGGCACGACCCGUCGUACCUGCCCGGCUCGCGCCCGCCUGCCACGUUCUCGACCGCCGUCGCGACGGGGCCACGCACCGCGAGCCCGCCGAGCGUCGCCGCCGCCACGAGCGCGAGCGCGAGCCCGCCGACGGGCCAGGGCGCGCGGAGCGCCCCGGUCCCGCGCUCGUCCGCUCCAUCGACGGCCGGCGCCGUCUCGCGCGCCGCGAGCCGCUCGAGCACGCGCACGAGCACGAGCGCGAGCCCGGCCCCAGGCCCAGGCCCAGGCUCGAGCAGCGCCGCGCCGUUCGACCCUCACGCGCCGCGCGUCGCGCUCGACGCCCCGACGCGCCCGCGCACCUAUGCCGUCGAGAGCCGCACGUCGGCCAAGGCGGUGCCGGUCAAGCUCCUGAGCCGCAGCCGCAAGCGCGCUUUGUCGCGUGGCGCCGAGGCGGGCGGCGAGCGGGGCACGGGCACGGGCACGGGCACGGGCGGCGAGGCGCAGGUCGACGAGGAGCUCGUGAGCGAGGCCGAGCGACGCAGGAGGGCCAACACGCUCGCUGCGCGGGCGAGCCGGGCGAGGAAGAAGGACGAGCUCGAGGGCCUCAGGAGGCGUGUCGGGGAGCUCAAGGAGGAGAAUGAGCGGCUGAGGGUGUGGGGAGAGGGGCUCGAGCGCGAGCUGGAGGAGGUCAGGGGGGAGUGGAGGGGCAAGAGGCGCAGGAUUGAGGAGCAGGAGUGAGUGGGUGGACGAGAUGGAGCCGAGGGCGGAGCGAGGAGAUGCGGCGGCGAGGAGGAGGAGGCGACGACGAGGAGGGCUACGAGGCGGCACCAACGUCGACCCGCCGACGCUCACCGAGCGACGACAACAUACACGACGAGUCGAGCCUCGGCGGGCUCGGCGACCGUCACCCACAACCUCCCCUCGUCCAUCGCCUUCAUCCUCGUCGUCCUCGGCGCCCGUACUCGCCUCGCCUUCCUCGCCUCUUCUAUACCUCGACGGCCAUCGCCACACCAACAACUCCUUCUUUCGCCUGCGUCUUUGUCUGCCGUCCUGCCUGUCACCCUUCCCCUCGUCCACGCCCGGCCGUCAACCUCUCGAGCGAGCGCACCUGUCGCUCCUGACUCCCUCUUUCCUCCUUCCCCCUCGUCUUUCGUACCUCUUUGUACCCCUCUCUCGAUCUUUGUGCCCUCUCAGAUAGACUCGCCCCUCGGCGCGGGCCGGAACUCGUCGUCGCACGGUCGGGUCAGAGCCAUCGACUUUCUUCCCUCCGGCGGUCGCCUCUCCCCUGACAAUCACUAUUUGUGUUCAUGCC